CGGAGCUAUUACGAGGUGCUGGGCGUGGAGCGCGGCGCGAGCGCGGGGGAGAUUAAAAAGGCGUACUACGCGUUGGCGAAGAAGUAUCACCCGGACACGAAUAAGGGCGACGAGGAGACGGAGAAGCGGUUUCAGGAGGUGCAGAAGGCGUACGAGGUGUUGAGGGACGCGAAGACGCGAAGCGCGUACGACCAAGUCGGACACGCGAAUUACGAGAGCAUGGAGAACGGCGGGGGCGGGGCCGGGGGAGGAGGGUUCAGCGGGUUCCAAGAUUUCGGCGGACGAGGUGGAUUCCAAGGGUUUUACCAGAGCGGCGGCGGCGCGGGUGGGUUCGAUCCGUUCGAGGAAGUUUUGCAAGACUUCUUCGGCGGCGGUCGCGGCGGCGCUCGCGAUAUUCAGGCAAACGUUCAAAUAACCCUGGAUGACGUCCGCCGCGGCGUGAGCCGAGAAAUCAACAUUCCAGAGACGGUGACGAACGUGGACAUCCCAAAGGGCGUCGAGGAUGGGCAAAGACUGCGCGUCGCCGGCGAAGGCAUUCGCGGCGUCGGAGGGCGCGUAGGUAGCUUAUAUAUCAACGUCCAGGUCAGGAUGGAUCCGCGAUUUAGACGCGUCGGAAGCGAUUUGGUCACGAGCAUCGAUAUUCCCUUCCCUACCGCCGCUUUGGGGGGCACGGUGAAGGCGCCGACGAUGGACGGCGAAGUCGAGGUCAAGGUUCGCAAGGCGACGCAACACGGAGACCAGUUACGAUUGCGCGGGCGCGGUUUGCCGGUUCUCGGCACCGCUCUCGUCGGUGAUUUGUUUGUUAGGUUUAGCGUUUCGACGCCCGCAAAUUUGUCGCCGCGGCAAGAAGAGCUCUUGAAAGAGUUUGCCGAGGAAGAGACG